CUUGAGUCUAUCAUGAAGUUUCUUAUUUUACCUCUGCUGGUCGUGAGCCAGCUGGAGCACAGCGACUCGUGGAUGAAUAAAUUAGUGAUCUACAAUGUGACGUACAAUGCAGAAAUGAUUCCGAGGGUGAACGAGACCCAGGAGUCCAACCACAAAAUGUCUUUCAACUUGACAACGCAGUUGAAGUGUCGGCCAAUUGAGAUGACUCUGAAAGAGAUGCAGUGUUAUCUGGAAGACUCCAAGAUGCUUUUGGGGCUUCACAAUUCAACAGACUCUUCUUCGCCGCCGAAAGUGAUUCCUGGUGUUGGAUUGAUAGAGCCGGCUACUGGCGUUCACUUUGAGCUGAAAAUGGAUGCAUUGGGUAUCAAGGAAAUGGUCGUUUCCUCUAAUAUUUCCCCGCUUAUUCUCGAUAAAUUGCGAUACUUAGUAAACCAGCUGCAUAUUGGAAUAGAUAUGAAGGGUAAACCCGAGGGAGCUUAUAAAAACUGGGAGAAUUUCACCACGGGUGAAUGCUUGACUACUUUUAAUGUUGAAUUGCAGGAGCAUAAGACUAUACACUCGGUCACGCAUGAAAAAACCGGAAAAUACAAAAUGUGGACGCCCAAUAUGCGAGUUUCAAUUAACAAGACCAGAGAUUUGAAUCAUUGCAAAAUUAUUUCUCCAUAUUUCUUCGGAAGUCGCGAAGGAUGGCGCGAGAAUCCAAAAGUGUCUGUUAAUAUUACAAGUUCAAAGAGCUCGGUAGUUGUCGACAGAGGAGCCUUCAUAUCUUCAACUCAGACGACCUUAGAGCUCCACGAGCUUCAAGAUUCAAACAACACUUCUGAGUACAAAUUGAUGCGUGAGAAUGUAACUGUUGUGUUUGAUUCGAUAAUUAAUGAUGAGCAUAAUGCGACGGUCAUUGAAAAUUCAGCAUCUGCGGGGAUUAUAACUGGAUUUUGGCUUCAUGAUAAUAAUAAAAAUAAAAAUAAUAAUAAUAAUGUUAAUAAAUCAUCUGAGGAGAGCAAGGAAACUGAAAAAAUCAAAGAAAGUAAAGAAAGCAAUGAGAGUAACUCUGAAGAAGAAAAAUAA